AAUCUUGUUUUAAUGAUGUCAUCCGCACACACGACCGCCAAACCUGAAAAACAGAAGCUUCCGGAGGUCCCGGAGACCCUUCUCAAGCGCCGCAAGCAGCGUGCCAUCUCGAAAGUUAAACAGCUCGAAAAUGCUAUCAAGCAGAGGAAGACUAAGCGUGCCAAGCGCCUCGAAAUUUUCAAGCGGGCUGAGCAGUACGUGAAGGAGUACAGGAGACAGGAGCGCGACACCAUUCGACUGAAGCGCGUGGCUAGGAACAAGGGCAACUUCUAUGUUCCGGCGGAGCCUAAACUUGCUGUCGUCAUCCGUAUCAGGGGUGUCAACGGUGUGAGCCCCAAGCCUAGGAAAGUGCUGCAGCUGUUGCGCUUGCGUCAGAUCAACAAUGCCACCUUCGUCAAGCUCAACAAAGCCACCCUCAACAUGCUGAGGAUUGCUGAGCCUUACAUCGCCUGGGGCUAUCCCAACUUGAAGACAGUGCGGGAGAUGAUCUACAAAAGAGGGUUCGGACGCCUGGAUGACCGCAGGGUGGCCUUGUCUGACAACUCUGUCAUCGAGAAGCGCCUUGGCAAGCUGGGCAUCAUCUGCAUUGAGGACCUGAUCCACGAGAUCUACACAGUGGGGCCCAACUUCAAGAAGGCCAACAACUUCCUGUGGCACUUCAAGCUGAACACACCCCGUGGCGGAUGGCGCAAGAAGACCAACCACUACAGCGAGGGUGGGGACUUUGGAAACAGGGAGGACCUUGUCAACCGGCUCCUCCGCAGGAUGAUUUAAGCCGUCUACUGCUUCGGGUAAUAAAAGAAAAAAGA